CUCCUAGCGACUAGAGCGGCAGGGAUCAGGAACCGCGGAAACUGGAGAGGUGGCACCCCAGCGAGGGCCACCAUGGGGGACCAGAGACCGCAGGACCAGCCGAGGUCGCCGGGCAUGGACUUCAAACCCUGGUACUGUGACAAACCGCCUUCCAAGUGCAUCGCGAAGCACAAGCACAGGCGCCUGAGGUUCCCGCCCAUGGACACCCAGAACUGGGUAUUCGUGACGGAGGGCAUGGACGACUUCCGCUAUGGCUGUGCGUCUCCCGAAGAUACGCUCAUUUGUCGCCGUGACGAGUUCUUACUCCCCAAAAGCUCUCGCAGAGGUCCCCAAAAUGACCCCAAAAGCGGGCAGAAAAAGUUGCUCAAGAAAGCGGCCCUAUUUUCCAAGCUCUCUCCAGCCCAGCUAGCACGGAAGACGUUCGUAGAGGAAGUGGAAGCCCAGCUGACGGCCAAGCCUCCCUUGGCCAUGUACCCCAAUCUGGGAGAAGAUAUGCCUCCAGAUCUCCUACUACAGGUGCUGAAACUGCUGGAUCCUGAGAGGAAGCUGGAGGAUGCUUGGGCUCGUUGUGAGGCCAGGGAGAAAACAACCGAGGUACCCACAGAACCUGGUAAAUACCCCAGUGGGGAACUCUGCCCAAAGCCUCCCGAGACUCCGGUGUCCCAUCUCUGCCCGGAGCCUCCCAAGACUCCGGUGUCCAGUCUCCACCCGGAGCCUCCUGAGUCUGGAGUGUCCCAUCUCCACCCAGAGCCUCCCAAGACUCGGGUGUCCAGUCUUCUCCUGAAGCCUUCCGACACUAGAGUGUCCCAUCUCUGCCCGGAGCCUCCCAAGACUCCAGAGUCCAGUCUCCGGCCAGAGCCUCCUGAGACUGGAGUGUCCCAUCUCUACCAAGAGCCUCUCAAGACUCAUCGGGUGUCCAUUCUCUGCUCUGAGCCUCCAGAGACUGGAGUGUCCUACCUCUGCCCGGCGCCUCCCAACACUCGCGUAUCUCAUCUUCGCCCGGAGCUUCUGGAGACUGGAGUGUCCCAUCUCCACCUAGAGCCUCCCAAGACUCGUCGGGGGUCCAGUCUCCACUCGGACCCUUCUGAGACUGGAGUGUCCCAUCUCUGCCUAGCGCCUCCCAAGACUCGUCGGGGAUCCAGUCUCCACUCGGAGCCUUCCGAGACUGGAGGGUCCCAUCUCCGCCCGGAGCCUCCCAAGACUGAAGUGUCUCAUCUCCAGCCAGUGCCUUCCAAGACUGGAGUGUCCCAUCUCCGCCCAGAACCUCCCGACACUAGUCGGGUGUCCAAUCUCCUACUAUACAUGCUGAAAGUGCUGGAUUCUGGGAGGACGCUGAAGGACGUAUGGGCUCGUUGUGAGGCCCGGGUGAAGAAAAUCGAGGAACCCACCGAGCCUGAUAAAUUCCCUUGUGGGGAACCCUGCUUGCAGCCUCCGGAGGCUCAGGUGUCCCAUCUCCACCCGGAACCUCCCAAGACACGUCGGGCGUCCAGUCUCCACCCGCAGCCUCCCAAGACUCGUCGGGUGUCCAGUCUCCGCUCGGAUCCUCCCAAGACUCGUCGGAGGUCCAGUCUCCGUCCAGAGCCUCCCAAGACUCGUCGGGUGUCCAGUCUCCACGCGGAGCCUCCCAAAGCUCCAGUGUCCCAUCAGUUCUCGGAGCCUCCCAAGAUUCGAGCGUCCUACAUAAAAGAACUGUUUCACGAAGAUACACCAAACACAACAGAGUGCGUUUCUGACUCUCUUCAAUAUAGAUACACAUCAGAAAAACUCCGUGAAUUCUUCAAGUGGGCUGCAGACCUGGGAGCUGAUGAAGAAUCCAUCAAGAAUCUGUGUGACUUUACCCCCAAGUACAGAGCAACCUAUUACGACCAAAAGAUUAAGAAGGUAAAAGAGUGUUCCUCAGAGCUGAAGUACAGCAUGGAGCUAGAUGAAAAGAAUGAGGCUAAAUUCUUCUCACAGGAAAAAUACUGGGGCAGGAAACUCCACACGCCAUCGAAUUCUUACACCGCACAGCGUGUGAAGAUGAAGUAUGGAGCAUGGUACCUCAAGCCUAAGUUGUGGAAAAAGCUAAGAAGUGAUGAACCUUUGAUUGACCCCAAGCUCUUGCUUGAAAAGCCUGAUGAACCUGACAUUCUUGACGAUCUUUAUGGACCAAUUGCCUUUAAGGAUUUCAUUCUAAGCAAGGGCUAUGAAAUGCCUGGCAUCCUUGAAAAACUGUUUGCCAGGAAGGGAUGGACUUAUGACUCUGUUAAGACUCCUAUUCAACGUGCAAUACGAUUUUACAAGUACAAAGAAAUUGCAGACACAUCGGAAGAAGAUUAGGUGGUUUUCCAUUUACUACUUAAUUGAGUAUUUCUUGCUCUGAUUUUAAACAUCAAUCAGAAUUUAUGAUGACUGGCCCCGUGGAUGUACAACUUCGGCAACAUCUGUAACUUCAAUACGUAAUGUUUAUAAAUAUUUCUUAAUGACCUGCUUU